AUGACGGUUAAUGCAACAGCAACAUCAACUUCAAUUCUAAUUGGAUUUUUGGAAAUAUUAACACAUGAAAAUGAAUUCAGUUACAAGUUGACGGAACUGGCCAAUUGGAUUAAGGAAGAUCGUUAUUAUCAAUCAAUUCUCUAUAUGAGACACGAUGACAAGCAGGGAAAAGAUUACGAAGAAGCCUACAAUACGGAUAAAAUAUUGAAAUAUCUAAUGUGUGAAAGUAAUACACCCAUUAUGAAUCUAAAGGGUAAUACUUCAUAUUAUUUAUGGUAUAGAUAUAAUCGACGUUUCAUGGCUAUAGUACAUUUGAAUGGUAAGGAAAAAGAGGACCAGGAACUAUUGAUGACUUUAUGGAGAACACUGAAACGUAAUUUACUCACCAGAUUUAUAUUAUUGCUAAAGAAGACAAAAGAUGGGAAAUACAUUAAAAAUAUUUUAGAGUUUUGUUAUGAAAACAAAGUUAUCAAUGUUAUGGUUAUUAACAUAUCCCUACAAAAGGGCAAUACGCUUUACACUAUGGAAGCUUUUCCCGAAUUCAAAAUGAAAUUGGAAAAACUAAAGGAAAAGAAUACAACUGUUCUAUUUAUUGAUCAAAUAAAAAAUAUGCAAGGUGCUGCCAUAACUUUGAUUAUGCAUAAUGUCAGCACAAGUUGUUAUGUUUUGAGAGAGGAAAAUGAAACAUAUAUUUUGGGUGGUUUUGUGGGACAUUUCCUAAGUGAAUUUGCACGCAAGCAUAAUGCCACUCUAACAUUUCCCGAAAAUCAUGAAUUGGAUCAGGAAAUGUUUAUCAGUUUAAUGGAUGAAUUAGUGGAAAAUGGUACAUAUGAUGCCUCAACCGAACUUUCUAUAAAUUUUUAUGACACUAAUUUGGUUUAUACAAAGACCUAUGAUUAUUUGGACUGGUGUUUAAUGGUACCUCUGGAGAAAUCGGUACCGGCUUAUAGGUUUUAUAUAAUGGUGUUUGACACUCCCAGCAUGGUUAUGAUUGUAGUGGCUUUUAUAACAUUUUCCAUAGUCUUAGCUGUUACGUAUUUUGUUAAUCGUGAAGAGAUUGUUUUUCAAGAACUUCUAUUUAAUAUAAAUGUACUCAAUGGUCUUUUGGGUCAAUCAUUUAAGGGUGAACGCUAUUUCUCCGGGGUACGCAGUUUACUUUUUAUGUUAAUCUGCUUAUCCGGCUUGGUGUUCAAUACCACAUAUGUCACCUAUUUGCAAACCUUCAAUGCCAGACCUCCCAAGAAACAUGUUAUAAAUUCUUUGGAUGAUAUUAAAAAACUGGACAUGCGUAUUGCUUUGUUUGUGGAAGAAUAUGAUCUUUUAAGAGCUUUCGAUCCAGCAAAUGAAUUUACAACCCUUUUAAAAAUUAUUCCCUCCUAUAAAGAGUAUUAUGCUUUACGCAGUAGUUUUGAUCCACGUUAUGUCUAUCCAGUGCCCUCAGCUCAAUGGACCAUAUUCGAGCAACAGCAGAAAUUCUUUUCCAAACCUCGUUAUCGUAUGACUGAUAUUUGCAUUUUGAAAAUGUUUGGCAUGCAAUUGCCCUUACAGCCCAAUUCACCUUACGAGGAGGCCAUGAAUACUCUCAUCGGUCAAGUUAAUCAGGCUGGACUGGUAGCCUAUUGGAAAUCAUUGGCAUUUUUGGAAUUUGUUCAAUUAGACAGAAUCAGUUUAGAGGAUAAGAGCAGCAUAUCAACAUUUGAACCAAUGAAGUUGGAAGAUAUGAAAUUAUUAAUGUUUCUUUUUGUUGUUAUA